AUGGCUUGGUUUGAUAUAUCACUUGCGAUGAUUGAAAUAUUUUAGAUUCCUUAUCCUAAAAACUAUCCUUUACUUUCUUUAUUUUCUUUAUGCUAAUUGUCUUGCUAUUCACUGCUUUAAUUAAGAUCUUAAGAAUCACUUUGUAGUUACUGGUUGGUUUAAGGAGAGUCAUUUUCUAAGUAGCUUUGGUAUUAUUCAUAUGGGAAAUUUUUUAAGAAAAAGAAAUCAAACUUGUUUCUAAUCUUUUAUUGGAACAUCAUACUUAAUAAUUCUAAUACAAUAGAUCCAGAACCACAAAAGGGAUCCCAUACUUUUAACUAAUUUUGA